UCGCAAGUGGCGGAGCACGAAGAGCAAAAGCAGCUUCGUAUAAAAAUAUCGCCUUUCGCCCUCCUCGUCCACUUCUCCGAUUCUCUCUUCUGAGCUCUUUAAACCCUAGGAAAAAAACCUCCUGAUUUCAGCCGGAAGAGCAUCCCCCUCAUCGGCCUCCUCCUCACUCCUCCUUCAGGGCGGGUGGGAUUCGCGCUUGAGCUGAGAGCGCACGAAUUCUCGCACCCGAACGUGUAAGAUUUCCUCGACCGGAGGUCGUUCUUCGAUCGUUCAUCGCACGCGUGUGUUUGGGUUGUUCUUUGUAUAUCCUGAACCGCAGGCUGAUAUGGCAACAAGGCUCCAGUUUGAGAAUUCGUGCGAAGUCGGAGUCUUCUCUAAGUUGACGAAUGCCUACUGUUUAGUUGCAAUUGGUGGAUCGGAAAACUUCUACAGUGCGUUUGAGGCUGAACUGGCCGAUGUUAUCCCGGUUGUUAAAACGUCCAUUGCAGGCACUAGGAUCAUUGGGCGACUUCUUGCAGGAAACAAGAAUGGGCUCCUUGUGCCGCACAACACUACUGACCAGGAGCUUCAACACUUGAGAAAUAGUCUGCCGGAUCAAGUUGUUGUUCAACGUAUUGAAGAAAAGCUAUCUGCCCUGGGGAACUGCAUAGCAUGCAAUGAUCAUGUUGCCCUUACUCAUACCGAUCUUGACAAAGAAACCGAGGAGAUAAUUGCAGAUGUUCUUGGAGUGGAAGUCUUUAGGCAGACUAUUGCUGGCAACAUUCUUGUGGGUAGCUUUUGUGCCUUCUCAAACAGAGGUGGACUGGUUCAUCCACAUACAUCCAUUGAAGACUUGGAUGAGCUCUCGACCCUCCUCCAGGUUCCUUUGGUGGCUGGAACUGUGAACCGAGGUAGCGAAGUAAUCGGUGCCGGUAUGACCGUGAAUGACUGGACAGCAUUUUGCGGUUCGGACACCACGGCGACUGAACUAUCCGUGAUCGAGAGUGUUUUCAAGUUGAGGGAAGCGCAACCCAGCGCUAUUGUGGAUGAGAUGAGGAAAUCCUUGAUCGACAGCUAUGUCUAGUUAUUUAUCUUGAUCGUAUGUGUUUGUCUGAACUUCGCGAUUUUAAGUCUUAUCAAUUCGUAGACUACGAAUUGAAUAUCAUGUUUAUUUGCCAAUCAAGUCGAAUUUGCGUACUAAA